GUGCCGGAAGCACCUGUGUGGUGGGUGCGAAGAAGAUGGCUUACCAGACAUUCCAGCAGGAAUAUUUACAGAUUCCUGUGGUAACCAGAGCAUAUACGACUGCGUGUGUGCUUACAACAGCUGCUGUGCAACUAGAACUCAUUACACCUUUUCAACUUUAUUUCAAUCCUGAUUUGAUUCUAAGGAAUUAUCAAGUAUGGCGACUUGUCACAAACUUUCUGUUUUUUGGUCCAGUUGGCUUCAACUUCUUAUUCAACAUGAUAUUCUUAUACCGGUAUUGUCGUAUGCUGGAGGAGGGCUCAUUCAGGGGCAGGACCGCUGACUUCGUCUUCAUGUUUCUCUUUGGUGGCCUUCUUAUGACCAUAUUCGGCACCUUUGUGAAUCUGGUGUUCCUGGGCCAAGCCUUCACCAUCAUGCUGGUGUACGUGUGGAGUAGGAGGAACCCCAACGUGCGCAUGAACUUCUUCGGGCUGCUCAACUUCCAGGCGCCCUUCCUGCCCUGGGUGCUCAUGGGCUUCUCGCUCCUGCUGGGGAACUCCAUCAUCGUGGACCUCCUGGGUAUUGCUGUGGGACACGUCUAUUUCUUCCUCGAGGACGUCUUCCCACAGCAGCCGGGUGGCAGCCGAUGGUUACGGACUCCUUCUAUUCUCCAAAUGCUGUUCGACACCCCCGAGGAGGAUGCCAACUACAACCCACUUCCCGAGGAGCGACCUGGGGGCUUCGCCUGGGGAGAAGGCCAACGCCUCGGAGGCUAGCGGCUCCAGCUCCGGCGCCACUUUCUCUCUUUUUCGUGUUUUUUUGUGUCUUUUGGCCUCUGGACAUUGACGCUGACUGGAGUGCAGUGGGAGACUAAAGAAAACGUGUGUUUCUUUUUUCUUUUGGUUUCUUCUCCCACCACACCUCAGACUUGUUUCUCAUGUACUGUAUGAAGAACAGAAACUCACUGAGGUCAAAAAAAGAGACGCACGGUGCGUCAGACGACUUCGCCCACUUCUUUUCGCUGAAACUUUUUUUUUCAGCCUGACUUGACAGACGGACGACCAAAGUCAGAAGAUGGGUCUCCAUAACAACAACACCGACACCAACAACAGGAGGUUGCUCUCUGUACAGUGACCCCCGUCACCCCUCCACCCCCCCUUACUCUCCCUGUUCCGCGGUUGGAUUUGUCUUGGUGUACAACAACUACAACACCAACACCAAAAACAAUAACACCAAUAACAAUAAUGGGUUGACAUUCGACUGUGAAAGGAGAGGAAAGAAAUCUGGAUCAGUUCAUAUCAGAACAAUGUCAUUUUACUUAAAAAAAAAAGAAAAAUAAAUGUAUAUAAAGUGUGUAUUUAGCUUUGCAUCCUCUUUUACCCUUUUUUUAAAACAUUAUUUUAUUUUUCAUGACACUGUUUUCACUUACCACUGAGAAAUGGAGAGAAUUGAGCAGAAGUUUUUAUUUUUAUUUUCUUUUUCAGACAUUUUUAAUUGCAGUUUGGUUUUGGAUAUGCUUGCAGCAUCUAUGAACAUACAGUAUCAUGACAGUUGGCUUCUUUCAUAGUUGUCCUAGACAAGGUUUUUUUUUUUUUUCAAUUAGUUUUCAAUCGUUGCCUUUUGUUGAAGUGAAGGAGUUGAUGAUCACCAGUAAAGGGACUAUGCCAAAUAUAUAUAUUUUAUUCUUUCACUUUAUGUUUUCAGCUAUUAGCGCGCAUUAGGAUGGUGUCCCAUCAUGACAUGUUGACCUUUUUGACCAUUAAUAACUGUAUUCCACAGUGCCUUAGGGUGUACAAACGGUGUCCACAGUGUUGUGUGUGUAUAAAAACAAACUGAAUGCAUUUACCUUUGUGAUGGUUCUCCACAUUCAUAGUUGUAAAAAAAAAAAAAUCUCAUUCGUGUUUAUGCAAGGUGCAUAAAAGGUACAUUUUAAAUCAUACGGCUUAUUUAACAAGAAAUUAUAAAUAAUGUUGAAAGAAUUUGUGGCUAUGCCAAAAGUGUAGGUCGUGCCCAUUCUUGAUCCCUACCCGGCAGCACUCAAGUCUUUUUCUGGCUUUUGGGGUAUAAUAAAAAGCACAUGAGCUUGAUUUUCA